UGGUUGGAGCACGGUUCAAAUAACUCCAAGGUCAUGGGUUCGAUCCCCAUGUGGGCUAUUCAUUAAGAGCUGGACUGGAUGAUCCUCGUGGGUCCUUUCCAACUCAAAAUAUUCUGUGACUCUGUUCAUUUUGAUGAUGGAUAAAGAAGCAACUGCUAAAUCACCAUCUGCCAUGUUCACCUUGAAUGCUAUUAAAGGGCGUAGGAAAAAGAGGGAUGGAACAUUACAAGCUGCAAAAUUGAAUGCUUCUUUAGCUUCUAAAAUCAAAACUAAGUUGAUGAAUAACUCAUCUAUGUUGAAAGUAUCUUUACAACAAAAUAACAGAGCAUUAGCCGUGGCUUUAAGUGUUGAGAAAGAAAAUUCUCGCAGGCUAAAGAAUGAGAGGAUUUGUCUUCAGAAGGAAGUAGAAAAACUGCAGCUUCAUAAUAUCUUGCUUCGUCAAAAACUAAACAGUUUGAAUAAAACUCUUAUUGGAAUAGAAGCAUUUUUGAAUGAUCACCUUUUAACUGCAAUAGAAAUAAGCAGUCCUUCUGAGAAUCUGCAGAGUUCCUUUCCUCUGUCAGCUGAUCCAAGUAGCCCUACUGAUGACCAGUUCAAGAGUGCACGUCAGUCAGCGAGAUCUGUAGAAUUGCCAGUGAGGCUUCCUUUAAUCGAAACAGCUAAUGCAAAACAGCAAGGUAGCCCUUCUCUGGGUGAAAUACCAAAUUCCUACAAGUGUACCACUAAUUUGUCAGAGGAAGUGCAUUCAGAUCAACUCAAGUUUGCAUCAUUAUUGCCUUCUGGUACAAGUAAUCAAAAGUUAAUUGAAACAGAUCCAGUGGAAACAGCUGUUGACAAGAAUAAAUUUUUUAAAGAAAAUCAACUGUGCACAGAAUUAAGUUGCAAUAGUGCCCUUGUGACUCGUGUCAAAAAUACACAAUCCUUAGGACAGUCUGAGGAGCUUACAAAACAGCAUCAUGGUAGUUCAUUGCUAUCCUGUGGAAAUGUGACGGAAAGAAAGAAACAUGCAGUACUUCAUAAGUCAAAAACUCAACCUAAUUUAAAGGAUUUUGAUAAAAAAUGUGGGUCAUUGAAUCUGCCUAAACAUGGUAUCAACAGUGGCAGCAACCCCAAUGAUACAAAUUUGCAGGAAGGUUCAAAUGACUUGUGUCACAUGAUUCCCUCACCUCUUAAAUAUAGCAAUGAAAGUAAGACAGAUUUUAAGAAGCUGCUGAAGCCUGAAGAAACACUUUAUGAUGCUGAUAUGGAGUUGACUGCCAGUGAUGCUGGUGAACUACUCACAGUUACAGCAAAAGACAAUUAUAAAUUGCACCAAAAUAAAAUUAGUAAUGCAAAUUCUGACAAAAUAUUAGCAAAGUUCAGAAAGGUAAAAUAUUCUAAGAAGGAUAAAGAAAAAAUCAAAAGCAAGACUGAAGUUGAUUCAAAUUUAUGUGCAGAAGAAAGGCAUGCUGGGGCUGACAAUAGUGAAACCUCAAAAACUACUGGCUCAGAAAUUCAACUAUUCCAAAGUCAGACAGAGCAGGUACCUACAGGAGAUUCUGCAGAGAAACAGAGUAAAACAAGUAAAGCUAAAGAUAGGAGGAGGAUGUACCAGGUUAACGUAGUGAGUCCAAGAAAACAGGAGACAAAUGAAGAAACUUUCUCAGAAAUGUCUGGAGACAUGGAAAGCAAAAUUCAAAAGGCAAACUCAAGCUCACCUCUUAACAAGAUCCCACCAGAAGUUUCUUGUACUGAAAAUUUGCCAUUCCAAGAUAAUACUUCUAAGGUGUUUCCUUUACAGGGUGACUUUCUAAAUACAAAUGAGAAAGAUAGCAGACCAACAAAAAAUAGGAAAACUUUUCAAAACCCUUCCAAAGCAAACACAGCAAAAUCCUUUGGAGGGGAAAAUGGCCAGGAUGAAGAAUAUAUUUCAAAAAAAUCUCAAACAGAGAUAAACCAACUUGACAGCAAGACAAAACAAAACCCUAAAAAUAUUAUAAAGAGAAAAGACAAUAAAAAAAGUAGUUACAGACAAAGUAGAGAAACUGCAAAUGACAGCAUUCAUAAAAUUAGUCAGAAAGUAGACCAAAAGAGAAGCCCUUGUUCACCAGGCAGAUUAAAACGUACAUUGGCAAGGGCCGGCCGGAAAACAUACAUAAUACCAAAGGGAAAGCUUACACUGUUCUCAGCUUGUAAAAAUCAAGAAUUAAAAAAUAAGGAUUCAUUGCAUGCAGAGGCUGGAAAUAAAGUAACAGAAACUCAGCAAACACAAGUAGCUUUAGUUACUCAGGAUGGUGUAGCUCUGAAUACACCACAAGCUAAAGAACAAGUGCAUGAUGAUGCUAACAUGUUAAAGAAAGCAGAUUUCUCAGCAGUGGCAAUUAAACCCCUCCCCAUUAGUAGUUCUUCUGGUAAUCAGGUAAAGCAGAAACAGAGAUUUAGUUCUGAUAAUACUGAGACCAGACAAGAAAAAAGUUAUUUCAGGCCUAUUGAUCUGGGCAGGCAGAAUAUUUUGGAUGAUCAGGAAGUCCCUCAUGAAAUAGGUUCCUUUAUGAGUAAAUUAAAGCCUAUUAUUCAAGUUGAAUGUUCUAAGAAUAUGUCAUUAAAUGUAGAUAGCUUUUCCCAGGAAGGUCUAGAUAGCUUUUCCCAGGUGUGGCUCCCAGCUCUUGAUAACCAAAAUGCUUCUGUCAACUUCUCCAUACUGCAAGACUCUGAAAUCCAUGGGGAAAAUGAUCAUAAUGAAGUACCGAAUGCUGAAAAAGCAGAACAAAAUCUGGACCAUAUUUCUAAAGAGAGUUACAAAAAUGCUCUGACACCUUGUCAUGGGAGAAAGGCUUUCCAAGAUCUGACAAAUACUGGUAUGCAGUCUCACACUUUUGUACCUAAAUCCCCCCAAACUUUGGAAGAAAACUCAGCAGCACCAUCCAGACGAGGAAGACCCACUAUUUGCUACAAAGAACCCAAUCUACACAGCAAAUUAAGGCGUGGGGAUCGGUUUACAGAUACGCAAUUUCUGUGUUCCCCAGUCCGUAGAGUAAAAAAUAAAACAAGUUUUAAAAGUAAAUCAAAAUUUAUUUGAAGAAGACAAAAGAAUUGCCUUUAUGAACAAUACUUCUAAAAUGGGUACAAUUGUUUAUGUUUAGCAAUAUAGAGUGCUUAUUGUUCUUUGAUUAGUAAAGUUCUUCCAAAGUGAAAUUUUCUGAAAAAGAGCCUCUGAGAAAGGGCACAGAAUACUUCACUGAGGAAGGCAUAUACGUGUUAGGUUCCACUCGUGUUUUGCAUUUCUGGUCAGUAAUUUAUAAUUUCUUCAAAGUGUUUGCAGCACUUCUUAAAUUGUAAGAAAAGUGUAUGUUUUAAUGUAAAUUGAAAAUAAACUAGCUUUGGGAAUUUUAA